UCGUAAAGUGGGAGAGGAUGACGCGUAAAAACGGAACGGGGACUACGGGGAGACCGUGGGCGCGCACCGGCCGGAAAGGCGAUGGCACUGUGUGCGAGAGGCUCUGCGGGAUCUCGAUGGGACAGGCCAAGCCAAUUCAGGAACGGCUGGAAGCGCCGCCGAUUGAGAGACGGUCGCAUGGAACGAUGGAGCACAUGCUCCAAUCAACUCCCGGGUCUUAUCGCCUUUCCCAAGCACUUAAAGUCGGGGACGCGCACGAAUCCCGCCUUUCCUCAAUUCUCCUGCCAGCCAUGUCGACCGCCUACCAAGAGGGCGCCGUGCAUCCGAGCACUCCCUCUGUGGAUGAGAAGUACGACGCAGAGAAGGCGCGUCACGUCCCCGACAUUCACGAGGUGACCGGCGCCGAGUUCGACGAUCCUAAUGUCGAUAUCAACGCCAUUGGCCCCGGGCUCGAGGACGACUCGCCUUACCCCGAGGUGCGGUCCGCCGUCGCGAACACGGAUGACCCGGACAUGCCCGUCUCCACCCUCCGGGCAUGGGUAAUUGGUCUCAUCUGGGCCAUCAUCAUCCCCGGCCUCAACCAAUUCUUCUUCUUCCGUUAUCCGUCCGUCACCAUCUCGGGUCUCGUCGCCCAGCUGCUCUCUUUCCCCGUCGGCCGUGCGUGGGCCAAGUUCCUUCCCAACGUCAAGAUCUUUGGCGUUGCCAUUAACCCCGGUCCGUUCACGGUCAAGGAGCACGUGCUUGUGACGAUUAUGGCGUCCGUCGGCGCCGGUUCGGCAUACGCCACCGACAUUGUCGCCGUGCAGCGUGUCUAUUACGGCCAAAUUUACAACUUCGGCUACCAAUGGAUGGUCGUUAUGUCCACCCAGCUCAUCGGUUUCUCCAUUGGUGGUAUCGGGAGGCGUUUCCUCGUCUCGCCCCCGUCGAUGAUUUGGCCCGCGAACUUGGUGCUCUGCGCCUUGUUCAACACCCUCCACUCGCAGGAGUACGCCGGUAUCGGUAACCGCGGAGGUAUCAGCCGUGAACGCUUCUUCCUGUACGCGUUCCUCGGCUCCUUCUGCUGGUACUUCUUCCCCGGCUACAUCUUCACCGCCCUCUCCUACUUCUCCUGGGUCUGCUGGAUUGCCCCGAACAACGUCAAGGUCAACCAGCUAUUCGGCUACAUCAGCGGGCUUGGCAUGGGCCUCAUCACCUUCGACUGGUCCCAAAUUGCUUACAUUGGCUCCCCGCUCGCCACUCCCUGGUGGGCUGAGGCCAACGUCGCUGGUGGUUUCCUUUUCUUCUUCUGGUUCAUCACCCCCAUCCUAUACUACACCAACACUUGGUACUCCGAGUACAUGCCAAUGUCUUCCCGUGGCUCGUUCGACAACACUGGUGGAUCGUACAACGUCUCCCGCAUCCUCAACCCGGAUUCGACCAUCAACCUCGAGGCGUACCACAACUACUCCCCGCUCUUCCUCUCCACCACCUUUGCGCUGUCCUACGGUCUCUCGUUCGCUUCCAUCACCGCGACGAUCAUGCACGCCAUCCUUUACUUCCGCAAGCAGAUUUGGGUCCAGUCCCGUCGCUCGCUCUCCGAGCAGCCCGACAUCCACGCCCGUCUCAUGUCCCGCUACCCUCAGGUGCCGGAGUGGUGGUACGCGUGCAUCUUCCUGACCAUGUUCGUCUUCGGUAUCGUCUCGAUCGAGGUUUGGCCGACGCAGUUCCCCGUCUGGGGCUUCGUGCUCGCGCUCAUCAUCGCCUUCGUCUACAUCAUCCCCAUCGGCAUGAUCCAGGCUAUCACCAACCAGCAGGUCGGCCUGAACGUCAUCACCGAGCUCAUCAUCGGUUACGCCCUCCCGGGCCGCCCCGUCGCGAUGAUGAUGUUCAAGACCUGGGGCUACAUCACCAUGGCGCAGGCGCUCACCUUCGCAUCCGACUUCAAGCUCGGCCACUACAUGAAGAUCCCCCCGCGCCCCAUGUUCUGGGCUCAGACCUGGGCGACCGUCGUCGCCGGCACCGUCCAGCUUGGCGUACAGGCGUGGAUGUUCACCAACAUCAACGGCAUGUGCGACUCUGACCAGCCUGACGGUUUCAUCUGCCCCUCGACCGAGGUGUUCGGCACCGCGUCCAUCAUCUGGGGCGUCAUUGGCCCGGCCCUGCAGUUCUCCAAGGGCCAGCUCUACUACGGCCUCACGUUCUUCUUCCUCAUCGGUGCCAUCGCCCCUUGCAUCCCGUGGUUGAUCACCCGCAAGUACCCGAACUCGUUCUUCAAAUACGUGAACAUGCCCGUCAUCUUCACCGGCACUGGUCUCAUCCCGCCCGCCACCGCUAUCAACUACGUGCCCUGGACGAUCGUCGGCUUCAUCUUCCAGUACGUCAUCCGCCGGCGUCACUUCGCCUGGUGGACCAAGUACAACUACGUCCUGUCCGCCGCGCUCGACUCGGGUGUCGCCGUCUCGAUCAUCAUCAUCUUCUUCUGCCUCCAGUUCCCGAAGAACGGCACGAUCGGCGAGAACUCGAUCCUCACCUGGUGGGGCAACACCGUCUACCUCAACAACGGCGACGCGAACGGCGUCACCAUGAAGACUCUCGCGCCCGGCGAGACCUUCGGCCCCUCGCACUGGUAAAUGUGUUGUCUGGGGUGUUGUAAAAGCAGUCGGUCGCGUCGCGCCUGUAUCUAUCGCGUUACCUCCUCCCCCUCUCCUCCCCCUCCUACAUUGUUGGAUAUUUGUGUGGAUGCUGGUCGGGUCAUAUUUUGGAUGAAGGUGGUCAUUAUAUCCCCCCCUGCUGUCUGUGCUGUAGCUCUGCGCCCUGAGGCGGCGGAGUAUUUGCUUUAGAUAUGACCUUGUACGAUAAUACGACAGCUUUAACGCUAGAUAUGAUGUCUGUAAUUAUUAAUCGAGUUCC